AUGCUAGCUCUGGAUAGCUGGCGAAAUUUUAGAAGAGGCAAGGAAAUGGAGAUUUCUGAUGGCAACAUGCAGGAAUGGCCUGAUUCGGAUAGAUUGAAAGAAGCGCUUUCAUUGGCUAAGUUUGAUGAUUACUAUACCAUGCCUGGUUUAAAGGCAACUGUAACUUUACCCGAUUUAAUGGCCAAAACGCUAGAGCAGAAGCUGAACAAGACGAUCAGUCGACCUUCAGUUUCUAAGGAUAUGAACGGGGCCGAUGGACAUCUUCGAGCUGCCGUUAAUUUAACUGCUGAAUUGUUAACAGAAGUUAAUCAAGGGUUUGGCAUGGCCGGUCAACCUUCGAACAAUACGGAGUACAGUUUUAAGGUAUGGGCGUGCCGUUUGCAGUUGCUUAUGGCUUUGAAACUGUAUACAUUAUUGAAUGACGAGUUGAUACCAUUCGAGGAACUGGAUGCACCAGAUAUGUUCUAUCAAUAUUACCCCAGUCUCUAUCCAGAAAGUCCCAGAGGAAGUUUGGUGCUAUUCAGUAUGCGCUUGAUUCAUGCCGAGGCAUUACGCUUCACUUCUAACCCAUGGGCAACUUUAGAAAGAAUUGACAGGCUGGAGAAAAAUGUUAAAAAAGUUUUGGAUAAUUCAAUGAACAAAAGCAAGUAUUUCUUCAAAAUAUGGGAGGAUCGUUUGUUAGCCGUGCAAAAAAUGCGUGCUCGUAGUUUAUUUUUUUUAAAGGAGUACUCAACAUCCAUGAUCCUAUAUAAUCGUUUGUCAAAAGCAGGUGGGUUCAGUUCUGAGCAAGAAAUAGCCCUCAAACUAAUGUUAAUGAGAAUGGCGAUGGCUAUCGGUGAUCAAAAGAACUUAGAACAUUAUUCGAAUGAAAUCGCUGCAGCAACCUAUGACGAUCAAAUCUUACACAAGCAUGUUGCUCACUUUUAUUUAAAGUUUUGCAACUUAGGGUGUUUGAAGUAUAUAUUUUAUGGCAACUAUAACGAAGCUUACGAAACGUUGCAGAAAUAUCUUAACUCACUUGCUUCCUCUGAACUACGGAACAACAUGGCGAUUUGCUUAUUGUAUAAAGGACAAGUUUUUGAUGCGCGGGAAAUGUUGAAAAGCUUACCAGGUGAUCCAAAUGAACCAGUUGCAAUCAACUUUUCGAUCGUAGCUGAGCUCUCGAUUUCGGAUCUUGCACACGAGGAUUUGACAGUUUUUGCACAAAAACUUGAUCAGUUUCCGGAUAUGUUCGAUCCAGUGACGUUGAAAUUGAUAUCUUCGUAG